AUGGAGCUGGAGACUUGUUGGCAGCGUGUGUUCAUGCUGCUCCUCCUGCUCGGCUUCAUGACUCUGCACAGCUCGGCCAUCGAGACCGUAAAUGUGGUGGACUUCUGUGGCCAGAUGAUCCGAGGUGACGGCAUGAUCGUGAACUCGCAUCAGGAAUCCAAGAAGUACUACUUUGUAACCAUGGGGACUGACUGCCACCUCACCAUGCAGGCCAUCUCUCCUAAAGACAAAGUCCAGUUCCACUUCCGUUUCUUCCUGGUCUACAGUUUGCUGCGAGUGGCUCCUAUGAGCCCAGCCCCUCUCUUCCCAGAGUCCCCUCAUGACCCUGUAGCCCUCAACCCGAGACUGGAGCCCACCUCUGGUGAAAACCUGGGGGACCCGUGUCACGCUGGCUCAUAUGUUCAGUUUUAUGAUGGGAGGGACAGAAGUUCACCUCCCCUAGGGCCACCUCUUUGUGGGAAGAGCCCACCCAGGCCAGUGCUGUCAACAGGAAACUACUUGACCCUAAGGCUGGUGACCCGGGGAACUCAGCCCAGAGUCGAUUUUGUGGGAGACUUCACCUCCUUCAGACUGGGUUUCAACCAAUCAGAGUGCAGCAGUGACCCCUACUUCACCUGCAGGAAUGGCAAGUGUAUCCCUCUCAGCCUGGUGUGUGAUGAUAAAGGCAUUGACAACUGUGGGGAUGGAAGUGACCUGGAGGAAAACUUAACCACAGGCUGCAGAGCAGGUCAGUUAUUACCUCCUGAACCUCCACCACCGAUAGCCACACCACCCCCAUCUUUUGGGAAUCCACCCACAGUGCCACGUCCCACACAUAUGAACUGCGGCAUGCCAGACAGCGCUCCCAGCCAUGAGUCAGUUAAAGACUCUCCUUCCUCCCUGUCUCUGUUGAUCCUCUACAUCAUCCUGGCUGUGGUAGCAGGUGGCUUGGUGCUGUGCUGGUGCUGCUGGUCACCUGGCUGGUUCCUGUGGCGUGUCAGCAUCUGUCGCUUUUUACCCUGCUGCAACUUGGCCUGCGCCUCUUGCCAGAUGUGUGCCCGCAGCUGCAUCCACAGCAAGGAGCACCGACUGGCAAAAGUCACCCCACACACACCUGUUAAUGGGAUCCCGACUGGCACAGCAGCCACUGGCAGCAAUGUUGAGGAAAAUGUUACCACAGCUGCUGUUUAGAGCAGAAGGACUGACAGUGAAUGCUGAGCUGUGAUCAGUGGUGAACAUGAACAGUUAAACAUGACCAAGAAUCCUUUUAGUGCAGAAUGGACACAUAUGGUCCAGUGUGUCACACUGGAAAGCUAAAGGGUAUUGGUUAACCUGUGGUUUGUGUGCUUUAAAUGAGAUGGUGCAGGUGAUGAGACUUUUUUGUUUAUGUUUUAAGAAGGUAGAGCAGGGUACAGUGUGACUAUGGAUUGUAUGAACGUAUGAAUGUAUCUGACAAGAAAGGAUUAAGAGCUCUUAGAAUCACUUGAGAAACAUUUGUGUUCACAGCAGGCUUUACCUGUGUUGAACUUUUUCUCUUACAUAUUAAAGUGGAAGCACCAUCAGUUUAAAUGGACAGUUCACCGAAAAUGUUUAAUUCACUCAUUAUCUACUCACCACUAUGCCGAUAGAGGGGUGG